GUGUGGCCAUCCGGUACAGUUGCUUUUGGUAAAUGAUGCUGCUUUGACCGGACUCAACCAGAGAGAGGUAGGAGUUAAAGUAGAUGUGUCUUGUUGGAGAAACAGUGCUUUAAUUUGGAACAAUACUUGUUAUAAGUCCUGUGCAGCAGUGAAUGGAUCCCGCACCCUGAUCGAGACUUAGUGCCAUUGAAAGAUCAUGAGCUGGAAGAUUUGCGUUUUAUUUGCGGGCCUGCUGUGGAUUCAUCCUGUUUCCAGUGACUGCGAUAACCAAAAGAAAGAGGAAUUGAAAAAAAUUGAAAAAUGCUUAGCAAAGGGGACAAAGAAGCAUUUUAUUAUUCAAGACAGCUUCAAUUUCUUCACCGAUGCACGAACCGUUUGGAAGGAUGCUACUAAUAUUGCUAAAGGUGGAAAAGUGACUCAGUCCUCCGUGUGGUCGAAGGGUGUCCCCGAAAGAGCCAUUGAUGGAAAUCGUGCCAGCAAAUAUGGAAAGGAAUCCUGUACACACACAUUAAAAAAAAAAAAACCCUGGUGGAGACUUGACCUCCUAAAGAGAUAUAAAAUCAACAAUGUCACCAUCACCAACAGAGGAGACCCCUGUUGCCACGGAAGGAUCAAUGGUGCUGAGAUCCGCGUUGGGAAUUCCCUCUAUGACAAGGGCAACGCCAAUCCCAUAUGUGCUGUUAUCUCAUCUAUCGCAGCUGGGAGCUCAACAACAUUUGUUUGCAAUGGAAUGGAAGGCCAGUAUGUAAACAUUGUAAUUCCUGGAGUAAGAAAAAUCCUGACACUGUGUGAGGUGGAAGUCACUGGUCAACCUUCUGGAAACACUGCUCCAACUGGUAAUGAAUGUACAGGAGACAUGAGCCAGGAUAUGGAAGAUCUUCCAGGGAACGGGUUUAUCUCUUGGUUUGAGGAGUUUAUAACUGCUAAUGCCCUCAAGAACAAACCCCGUUGCAUUGUAUUUCUGCAAGAAAACACAUCUCAACCAGAAUGCUUGCCGGAGGAAUGGCCCCGAAUGGUUCAACGUGAUGGUUCUCAUCUACUGCUCAUCUCAAAAUGGCAUACCAAUAGGAAUUUCGGUCUGUAUGUCCUGACAGGAAGUCACUGCAACACUACAUUAACUAAUAUGACAGAUCCAAAUCGAAAUUGCACCUACAAUUACUCUGGCGAAGGACCUUGCCAGGUUAGAUGUUUGAAGACAAAGAAGAUAUGUAAAGACACCAGAUAUAAUAAAGAAGUCUGCAGCAAACUUGAUCCAGAUAUCAAGGACAAGUACAUCAUCAACCUCACAAAUACAACCGAAAACUGCGUCAAAUGUGAUAAUCCAGAGAAAAAGCCUGGGACACAUGUUAAAAUGAAUGUAACAGUAAAUGAAGAAGGAGGAAAAGUCGAUGCUGCCCAAGCUGCUGAAAUCAUGAACAACAUGGCCGACUUCAUCAACUCCUUUGAAGGGAAUUCUGCUGCGGUGUCUGUGGCAGAAGGAAUUUCAGGAGUCUUAGUGAAGAUACCGGAUCCCGUGGACAUCGAAGAAAUCAGUUUCGCUUAUAAUUCCCCAAAUGAAAGCAUGAAUAUAGUAGAAAACAGUGAUUAUCUCGGCAAAUUUUCCAGAAGUGUGUCAGUGUCCAAGGAGGCGUUUGAAAAGGCUGUGAGUUUGAACAUAACAGUUCCAUUUGCCGCUCUUUUCCGAUUCAACAAUCUGGCUUCGGAUGAGCUGAACAGCACUGUUUUAGGCAAUGAAGUCCUAGCAGUUGAAAUGGGAACCACCAUCUCCAAUCUCACAGACAAAAUGUCCAUCCAUUUUCGGAACGUUACCUACGAAGGAUAUCCCUCUUGUCAAUCUUGGAAUGGUGAAGGAAGCCGACCAAACUGGACCGAUUACGGGUGUGAGACAAUAAAAGAUGGGAACAACAUCACGUGCCAGUGUUCGCAUUUGACAUUUUUUGCUAUUUUGUUGGCUCCUCCGAAUGUGACCAUAUCUAGUUCUGACCUGAAGAACCUCACCACGAUCACCCAGGUCGGCUGUGGCUUUUCCUUGUUCUUCCUCUCCAUAGUCCUCUUCAUGCACUCUCUUCUGAGGAGGACCAAUGCCAGCAUAUCCACGAGGAUUCUCAUCUACCUGGUUGUAGCCUUGUACCUGCUGAAUCUCUCGUUCCUCAUCAACAACUUUGUGGCCAAAGUGGGGAACGCGGUGGGAUGUAAGAUCAUGGCGGCUGUCAUGCACUACUCCAUGUUGGCCACGUUCACUUGGUUUGCUGUGCAGGCGUUCCACCUCUGCCUGCAGCUGCACGUCGGAGGCAAGGUUGUAAUCCCUCACUACAUACUCAAGGUCUCCAUCAUCAGCUGGGCACUACCAGGUGUAGUUGUGACUGUCCUGCUCAUCUUAGGAAAAUAUGGUGAACAAGUGAUCUACACUGAUAACCCUCAAGACAACGUGGCCAUGUGCUGGAUAACGGACAUUGACGUGCACUACAUCGUCAACAUAGGCUACUAUGCGUUGGUCUUCAUCUUCACCUUCACCGCCUUCAUCGUCAUGAUGGUCUGGCUCUUUGGUCUCAAGAGAAACGGACAAGUCCCCACAAAUCGCCAUAGUAUUGGGGUCAUCCUGGGACUGUGUUGCAUGCUGGGUAUCGGUUGGGGUUUUGCCUUCUUUGCAUACGGUGUGCUCCAGAUCCCCGCCUACUACAUUUUCACCAUCCUCAAUUCUUUCCAAGGUUUCUUCCUGUUCAUCUACUACUACAGGAGCAGCCACUCUGGAGAGACAGCCAGUGGCUCUCAGGGUUCAAACUCCAGCAGCAGCACGCUCAAAAGCAACCUGGACAUCUUUGAAAACCCCUACAGCAAUAGAUUAGAGAAAAAAUAAUAAAACCCUGAAAGACGAACAGGGACUUGAGAGGGAUGAAGAUUGUAAGCUGAAAGAGGCCCUAUUGUACUUGUAUGAGUUUUCCCUUUCCUGUAGUGUGGUAUAGGUUUGUGUGCAUAUACAGUACACAGUGAAAAGAGCAGCUGCAGCAUGUGAACAUGUCACAGUAGACACAUAUACACCUGACAAUUAGCAUAUGUCCACAUAAUAAGGGACUACAAGCCGCACAAUGUACGGAUUUAUGAUACUGUAAUAGGCAUUUUCCAUGACAUAUUAGUCAUUAGUGUUUUAAAAAAUAUAUAUACACAAUACUAUUUUGCAUGUAUUUAUCGAAGGACUAUAACAACUAGGUUAAUGUGAUUUAAAUGCAAAAAUCAAUUAGUUAUCAAGUUUUUUAACUACAUUUUCAGGACCCGAUGAUCAUCAACUUACAUGGAAAAUAUCUGAAGUUGUAGAUAAUUAUUACAAUCUUUAGUUGUGGGUAUACUGGAAAAGAAAAUCCUCUCAUAUAUGGUAUAGGUAAUUGUACAUUUUACUUGAACAUCUAAAUAUGUUAUAUUCUGAAAUGGAGCAACUGUUACAAAAUCCAAUUUCUCUGUUAAUCAUUCAAUAUUAAAUGGGUGUUAUGUUAAAUGUCUUCUCUGCAUCAUGAAUAACAUCUUGUGUGAGACUUGUACACAAUGCAUGUCCAAAGUCAGUACAUCAAGUUGGGAAAUUCAAUGUCCAGUUUAAUAAGUAUCCACUAGGCCAGCCCUCAUUUAAAAAAACGACAAAUGAACGUUUUGCUUUCAUAUCCGUCACUAUUCACACCACACACAUCACAAAUGAGCCAUUUCUCAAUCCGUCUGGGUCCAUUGUGGUAUUCGGCAUACACCACAUUUACUUCAAUACUUAUUUAAAGGAAGUUUUAAUCUUUUAUUUGUCUUUCAAAGAAGUUGGUUCGACAGCGUCUGCAGGUAAAACACAGUAUUGACUACUCCAACCGAUUUUACAAGCUUGUUAAGUGUAAAGUUCACUAGUAAGUCAGUAAACCUUAAUUAUUUACAAAAUGCCUUGCAGUAAAUGCAUGUGUUGAACUGGUGUGGAAUUAAAAUGUCAACAUUAACUUUUAAGAGUUAACAUGGGAGGCUGUAGUUGACAGAGGGAGUUGAUAAAGUAAUAUAGGCUGAGUUUGGUUAAGACCUAACAAUAGGAACAUGAACUUUCAAUUAAUACACUCUUGGUGGUAAGUGGUGUCAUUGAGAAAUAUUACCUUGUUCUCUAAUUAUACACAAGCGGUUAAAACACUAAUACAGGAACACAUGUUUGAAUAAAGAUAAGCGCAAAUCUCGCAUGGCAUUACAUUCUCUCAAUUAAUAAAUGUAUGUUCUGUAAUUUUGCUGUUUACUCACUGAAUAUCAAUGUCAUGUAGUCAUGCUUUCUGCAGCAGGGUUGUCACUGUCACUACCCGAUCCGUCCACCUGCCCGAUCGGUACUGCGCAUGUGCGAGAUGGUCCGCCAUAUUGCACAAC